AUGGCUGCAGCUGCCUCAGUUCAUUCAUUUAUUGCCUGUUAUAACUUGGAAGCAUUCUUUAGGAUGAAGAGAGCUAGGCAGAAGGUUGUGGCUGAAAAUGAGGCUCCUGAAACAUCACAGAAAAGCAAAAAACAGAAAACUUACUCAUAUGGGUCAGUGUUUGGUGAAUCUGACUUGCACACCUCCAUGGACUGGGGAAGCCUUCCCCACCACGUUAUCCUGCGUGUUUUCCAGUUUCUACCUUUAGUAGAUCGUGCCAGGGCCGCUUCUGUCUGUCGAAGGUGGAAUGAAAUUUUUCACAUCCCAGAUCUCUGGAGGAGAUUUGAAUUUGAACUUAGCCAGCCAGCUACUUCUUACUUAAAGUCUACGCAUCCUGAUCUCAUUCAGCAGAUUAUCAAGAGACAUGCUGAUCAUCUGCAGUAUGUCAGCUUCAAGGUUGAUAGUAGCACUGAGUCAGCAGAAGCUGCCUGUAACAUCUUGUCUCAGUUGGUGAACUGUUCUAUCAAGACUCUGGGUUUGAUUUCUACAGCAAAACCAAGCUUCAUGAAUGUCUCUAAGGCCCACUUUGCUUCAGCACUGACAGUAGUUUUUGUCAACUCCAAGUCAUUGUCAUCAAUCAAGAUGGAUGACACACCACUUGAUGAUCCUUCUUUGAAAGUUCUUGUUGCUAACAAUAGUGACACUCUAAAACUGCUCAAAAUGAGCAGCUGUCCUCAUGUGUCACCUGCUGGAAUUCUUUGUGUGGCUGACCAGUGCCAUGGACUUAAGGAGCUGGCUUUGAACUACUACAUACUAAGUGAUGAACUAUUGCUGGCUCUUUCAAGUGAAAAACAUGUUGAUCUGGAGCACCUUCGCAUAGACGUCGUGAGUGAAAAUCCUGGACAAGUUGAAUUUCACACCAUUAAAAAGCAGAGCUGGGACGCUCUUGUCAAACACUCCCCCAAGGUCAACAUUGUGAUGUAUUUCUUCUUGUAUGAAGAAGAGUUUGAUGCUUUCUUCAGAGAGGAAACCCCAGUUACCCACCUUUACUUUGGUCGUGCAGUAAGCAAAGCGAUGUUGGGUCGUAUUGGCCUGAAUUGCCCCAGGUUAAUUGAGUUGGUGGUGUGUGCUAAUGGGCUGCAGCCUUUGGAUGAGGAGCUCAUCCGGAUCGCAGAGCGCUGUAAGAACUUGACAGCAAUGGGACUUGGUGAAUGUGAGGUAACUUGCAGAGGUUUUAUUGAAUUUGUGAAGAUGUGUGGAGGCAGGCUGACCCAGCUUUCUAUAAUGGAGGAGGUCCUGAUUCCAGAUAAUGAUUAUAGCUUAGAUCGACUUCAUCUGGAAGUCUCCAAACACCUUGGAAGAAUGUGGUUUCCUGAUAUGAUGCCAACGUGGUAAAUUCUCUGUAUUUGUGGGUAAGCUGUAAGAGUCAGGGUGUUGCUUUCUAUGCAAAUAAAGAAUUUUAAAAAUGAAAUGUGAAAACAUUUCAGGAUUAGAAUUUUCUACUUUGAGAACCUUGUAGUGUAACAGGAAAACAUUCUAGAAUGCUAAUGGUAUACUGAAAUAGAAAAUAGAUUAAGCAUUCUUAACACUUUGGAAAGUAUGUCUGUGGUUUACAGAUGCUUCAGACUUCAGUGAACUUGAGCUUCUCUAAGCUGUAGUUUAAAAAUUCCAUACACAAAGAUAUUUUUCUUUGU